CUGGAAAAGAGAAUUGAAAAGUGAGAUUGUUGUUUGAAAGAUUUGUAUAUUUCAAGUUCAUAUAAAUAUUGAGUGCUUUCUCUCUCAUUCACUCAAUUCAUUCAUUGUUCACAUUCUCUGAACUUUUUGUUGUGAAGUCGAGUCCUUUUCCUAUAGUUUUUCCUCCAAUUCAUCCAAUUCUCCAUUCAUUCGUUUAGUUUUGUUUCGAUCCAUACUUUUGGUCAAAAUGUUCAACUUUAAGUUACUCGUAAUCGCUGUGACUUUAGUGGCUAUAAUCAAUGCCCGCGACUAUCAGUCGCCAUCGCGUAGAGCCCGCACCCGAUCUCGUGCUAACAUUAGGUCUCCAGUGGCCGCCGCCUCAUAUCGUUCGCCAGUCGUCUCCUCAUAUUCAUCGGCUGCCAGUCCUAAGAGAUCGGGUUAUGUCAGACCUGUCCGACAGACUCAGCAACAGUUUGAAGGACAAGGCGAAGGACAUCCGGCGCCCGAACCCUAUAGUUUCACUUACGACACGACCGACGAGUUCGGCACAACACUGACCCGUACGGAGACGGGAGACGCCAAUGGAGUCGUUUCCGGCAGUUAUCAGUACAGAGACGCCACUGGACUCGUGCGCACCGUUGAGUACGGAGACGACGGCUCCGGAUUCAGAGCUGUUGUCAAUACUAACGAACCGGGAGUUGUCUCCCAUAGAGCCGCCGACGCCGAGUAUAUCAAAACCGAGUGAUUAUUACUACAAAAUUGGUUUUAAUAUUUGAGAGAUUAUACAUAAUAAGUCUUUUAGCGAUUAAAUGCUGAAAUAAUUUCAUGUGAUUUAAGGCA